AUGACGGUGACGGCGCAUAAGGUGAACGGCCCGGUCGGGAUUGCCGCGCUUUACCUCCGCGGGCUCGUGUGCAACAAGCAGAUCCGUGGCGGGUCGCAGGAGAAGGGGAUUCGGCCGGGGACGGAGAACGUCCCAGCGAUUGUCGGGUUCGCGACGGCACUGGAGCUCGACCGGAGUGGCUCGCAGUGCCGCGAGAUCGAGGCGUACAUCGUGAAGGAGCUCGAGGCGGUGGGGUGCGAGAUUAACCGGCGCGGCGAAACGAGUGGCUACAUCGUGCACGCGACGCUGCCGGAAGGGUACAACAACACGGAGGUGGUAUCCUUGUUGUCGACAAAAUACCGCGUCGAGAUCGGCACAGGAUCGGCGUGCAAGACGAACGUCCUCAACACCACUGUCUAUGAUACGCUUGGGAAGGAACCUCAUCCAGAACGCUCAAUUCGUUUAAGUUGGGAUGAUUUCAAUACGAUGGAAGAGGCGAAGCACGUGAUCAAGGCGUUUCGGAAAGUGCUUGCAGAGAAGAAACCCUCACGUCGUUGA